AUGAAGACGUACUGGCUCAAAGGGAAGAAGGACCUCUCCUUUAAGACUCCUGCAGAACUGCGCUACAGCGGAGAGCAGAAGGACGCAGAGGAACUCAGCUCCAUUGGACUGAAGUUUCUCUGGUUAAAUGUGAGCUGUCAACAACCGGCCGUGGUCUGGAGGCUCUCCACCGUCAGCUCUCACACACUCUGCUCUGCCGGCCCCCUUCCCAUCAACCAGAGGGCCCUCACUGACCCUCCAGCCCCCAUCACCCUCAAGCCCCCAUCGCACUCAGCCAACACGGUUUGUUUCUGA